ACAAAGCGUGCAGUGACCGGAGUUGUGCGGUGAAGAAGCACGGAAGUGGUUGUAUUUCGGUGACUAUUCGCAGCAAUAUGGGAGAAAUUAGAGCUGCUACAUAUUUAAGAACUAGUUAGCUUAUCUGAAUGCUGUUUUAUUCCCGUUUUAUAUAUAUAUAAAAGCAUUAUUCCAUUCAUAUUUUAACAUCGUCUGAAAUAAAGAGAAUACCUGGCAGGCUGCCUCGUUAGCCUUAGCUUCAAUUGCAUCAGCAGCCAUGCCGUCUUAUUCUGAACUGAGAAAAACAAACCACUUCUACUACUUCAUCAAAUUCACCCUAAAUGUCUACUCUAUGCUCUUCUCGCUUAUGGGUCUUUGUGUGCUGUGUGUUGGACUCUAUGCUGAAGUGGAGAGACAGAAGAACCACACCCUGGAGGGUCUUUUCCUUGCUCCUGCUGUGGUGCUAAUUCUGCUGGGCCUGGUGAUGUUCACUGUGUCGGUGGUGGGCAUGGUGGGAUCCCUCAGGGACAACAAGACUCUGCUGCACAUGUUCCUGUGUGUCCUCUGUGUGUUGCUGCUCCUGCAGGCCAUUGCACUCACAGCUGCUCUGAUAUUUGAAAAGAAGACCAUUGCCUUGUUCCAGAGCAGCAUACGAGAAGGAAUCAAACACUACUACGACGACCUGGACUUCAAAAACAUUCUGGAUUAUGUGCAACAAAAGUUUUCCUGCUGUGGAGGAGAUGACUACAAAGACUGGGUAGUCAACCAGUACCAUUUCUGCAAUGGUACUGGUCCACUAGCCUGUGGGGUUCCUUACACAUGCUGUAUUCACCACGAGGUUGGAGAGGUCAUCAACACUCUGUGUGGUUACCAGACUCUAAUGAAAGAGCGUGAAGCCCUGCAGGACUUGAUCCAUGUGCGAGGUUGCAUCCAUGCAGUCAACCUGUGGAUGAGUGACAACAUUGGAAUCACCAUUGCUCUGUGCUGUGCCAUCGGGGUGCCACAGCUGCUAGGCAUCAUCUUAAGCUGCGUCUUCUGGAACCUGCUGGUGGACAUGAGCGAGUCGGCCGACGUGGUGGAUUUCAAGCUGAAGAAGGCUGAGUUCAAUUACAGCGAGCUAGACCUGUCCGGUGCUGGCUGGUGCAUGUGUCUGCCCAAGGAUGGAGGCUACCUGCCCGUCCCUGCCUCUGAGCCAGCACUUGACCCCAUUGACAUCCACCUGCAAAAGUUGAAGAAGCAGCCUCCACGUACACACUCACAGCUCCGGGAGCUGCAGCAGUCCAGAUCAGCUACUGGGCUAGACGAGGUGGACGGGGCGCGGAAACAGAAAAGGGAACACUGAGUAGGUUUUUUUUUUUUACCCCUUCUUGCCUUUGGGAUUUUUUCUUUUUUCUGUCAUUGUAUUUGGUGCAUUUAUUGGUACUUAAUGGUGGAAAAUGUCAUGUUUUUGGAUCAAAAUACUUUUACUCUGUGUUUUGGCACUUUGAUCAAUUUGUUUACAAUUCCAUUUAAAUAGGUUGGCCCAUUUUCUUUACAGACAGUUUAAUUUGUCUGUUUUCACUGUUUUAAUUUAAAGAUUUUUAUGGCAUCAUAUAAUUUUAUUUAUUUAUUUUUAUCCAUUGAUAUUGAGCUAAAUCUCGUGCUGAAUUUUUACUUCAGGCUGUUUUGAAAAUAGCCCCAUAUUCCGAGGACAGUUAUAUUUGUGUGUGCUUUAAAUCUUAGGAUGGAGGAUUAGAAAUAGACCAGUUUGUUUUGCGUGUAGCAUCAGUGAUGGAUCUGUACAGUUUGAGUAUCAUUUCUGUUCAUUAUUAUUUAGUGUUAUUUGAUUUUGUGCAGUCGAUGUACAUUGUAAGACUGACAGAAGAAGAAAACAUGGUAUGCAUGUUUUGUACUGUAAAGUAAGUCAAAUUAAUUCGACAUUGGUUUAAAUUUAAAGCGGUUGGUCAUGGGGGGGGGGGGGGGUAAUUGUGAAAACCUUUAUUUUAAUCCUUUUGAAGAAUCCAGGGGAUCAUCAAAAGUGCAUUUUCAGUUAACUACUUUUUUUCUUUUUGUAUCUGAUUCAUGCACUCUUUUGAACACUACUCCCCUGAACCCCCAUCACACCUGCCUUGUAUCAGCACUACUUGUCAAUAAAGCUGAAUUUGUCUACUGA